CUUGUAAAAUGUAAGAUAACCAAUUUCUGUUUGACGACGUACGACGGUACGGUCUCCUUCCCCGCCGUUGAAUUUAUUUAUGAGUUUUUCUCGUCAUUUUUUGUUUCCAGACAGCCUCUGGUAGGAGGACUGACCGCAAUCACGUGACCCUUUCCUUUCUUCGUCUGCCAAUUACUACUUAUUAGUUUUCUUUCCUCGGAGCUUCUUCACUGAGCUGUUACCUCAUUCAUUAAGCUGGUACUCUCUCGUUCCCUCAUUCAUUCUUGCUGUGUAUCCAUGGUUCAUUUAGCGGAUUUUGAACUCUUACUUGUUUCUUUGGUUUUCUGGACUCUGUUUCAGCUAGCUAGCGCUCUGAAUCUCCUUUUGGUACCCUAUAAUCAUCAUCCCAAAUCAGAUCAGGUACAAAUCCCCCCCCUGCACGUACAUUAAAUAGAUUUAGGGCUCAUUGCUCUACUGUUUGCUGUCAAUAUUGCUCGUUAUAAUGUGGUUAGAGAAGAAACAGAGCUUUUCCUAUUCUUCUUCUUCUUCUUCUUCUUCUUCUUCUUCUUCUUCUUCUUCUUCUUCUUGUAAAGUGAAUAUGCUAGCUCCGGAGAAAUAUACUCAUACACAUCAAUUUCAGAUACUAUGGCGAUGGUCCCGAUUGCGUUGAUCCCAACUGAGCACUUUGAGUAUUCCCACUUCACUGUAAAUCCCCUACCAGCACAGCUGCAUGACAACAUACCGAGACAAACCGUUAUGGAGACAACACUUCCACAAUUGAUGGAGCUCAUUCAAGAAAGCCUGCACCGGGAGAACCAUCCAACUUAUCCCAUAUCGCUUAUGACGAGAAGGCCGAGCGAUGGCCAUUACGAGCCCUUGAAGGCGAACGACCGUGUUUAUGGAGCUUGGUUUUCCAACCCUAAUGUGUGGGCGCAAGUCCGGGGUAGACUGCACUUGAUAGUUGCCCACUUGCCCGUGGCCCCCCUUCAGGAUAGGGAUAUGGACGGUGAGGAUGAGGAUGAGGACGAGGCGGGCGUCGGCGUCGGCGUCGGGAUGUAGAGUGUUAAGACUGGAAUCCGGGCUGCAUAAGGAUUGGAGAAGAAGGGCGCCAAAGGUUAAGUUUGAACUGUGUCGGCUGUUGUCCAAUGGGGCAUCGUCGUCGUUUCAGUCUAUUUUCAUAAGUGGGUCUGUGUAAUAAAUAAGCAUACUGGGUCUUUUGGAGUAUUGCUUAGUCAGUUCAGUAAGUUUGUUUUGUUACAAUCAAAUCCUAUGAAUAGUGGGUCAGGUAGUUGAGUAUCUCAGCUUGAUAGAUUGUUUAGCAUAUCAUAUUAGCUUAAUUUCAGGGUCAUGAGUUGUUGGUAGCGGCCUGAGUUUGUGCCUCGCACCAUCUAGUAUAUGUACUUUCCAUUUUAUUCAAUAAGAAGUCGUCAAAUUUUAAUACAAUGGUGUUCUACGCAGAGGAAGAUUAGGAUGACUAUUAUGUGAGUAAGACAUGUAGGAUUAAUAUGCCUUACUCACAUAGAAAUAGUCAAAUCUAUAUGAAAUUCAAUAAAAUAGCCAUAUCUUUUAAAAAAUAUAAUUAUAACCAUCCGUUAAGUUUUCGUUAAAAUUGUUAAGGUGACUAACAAUUUGGUAUACAUGUACGACACGUCAUCAAAAUUUAUUAAAUAUUGUUUUUAAUCAUAAAAUAAAUUCCAAAAAACCCUUAACCCAUUAUCGCAUCCUCUUCCAGCCAGGCCCCUCUUCACUGUUACUUCCUCUCCCCUCCCUUUACAUGGAACUUCCCGUAAAAGGAUUUGAGAGUUGAGACUUCUACAAAAUACUAUAAGGCAAUGUACAAAAAACAGUUUUGCCACGUCAGUCCCUUCUCAAUAACCCGCACACGGCGGAUGGGCCUUUCAGUAAUUCCUCAAUAUUUAUCUUUCUCGACAUCUCUGUCGCGGGUCUCGCCAAAACGUCCCAAAAAUCUGACUCAUCAGUCAUCUCUCUCUCUCUCUCAAGUCUCACCUUAUGUAUUCCAAACCCUUCCGGAAGAAAUUCUCGACGUGCCCCCUUCCCUUUCCUCCCGCCGCCGCAUCGUUCCCCUUGCCUUUAAUCUUCCACCGCUGGACCUCAAUCCCUAUUUCGUAAAUCGACUUGCAAUACACAGACUAGGAGGGGCAAACCGGUUAAUUUGUCAAUUCUUAGCUGUGCACCCCAAAAUUGCUCUGAAAAUCUAAAUAAAAGGUUGUUGUCCUCUAAAUCAAAUAAGCUUUUCUACAAUCUUUCUUCCAAUUUUCAAAUCAACUGAUUUUGCAAUUACCAUGCAAGCAGAACCAGAAAUUGGAUUUAAAGGCUCUCUUUUUCAGUAGAAGUUGAAUGAGUUAUUUGCAACAAGUUUCUUGAAAUAUAUGAUAUUUAACUCAGGAAAAUUCAAUAAACAAAAUUUAUGGAAGGACAUCAAAAAGUUGUUGCCGGGUGAUAACAGUCACAUGAGAAGCGAAACAAAAUGGCGGCUACAAACUCUUAAUCCUCUUGAGACGUGAGACAGAGUCGAGUAACAAAUUCAGAUGUCGAUCAAAGAGCAAAGAGAAAAUAGGCUAAUCUCCAUCUAUCCCUUUCCUUGCCAGAACCUUGAAUCAUCGGCCUAGUGUCGAAUCAUAUCGUCUUCUUUCCGUCAAAAUAACGUUACGAUAGGAACUUGGCAUGUCGAUCACUUGACAUAUGAUGAGAUAUGAGUGAAAAAGGCUUAUUUGGCUGUUGCAUGGUGGUGAAAAAUUGAGGUUUUGCAGAGAAGCGGAAACGAAAUUAUAGCUAGCUUCCUGUAGAAGAAAGAGAGAGGGUUGUGAGGGGGAGAGAGAUUUGGGUUGUAGAAGAAACUAGAAAGUGACUGGUGGUAGUGGAUGAGGGAUAAGAUAAGAAAGAAAAUAAUUAAUAUAAUAAUAGUAAAAUAAAAAUGUAACAAAUAUUGACAAACGUA